AUGGCGACCGAAGCUCUGCACCUGUACAAAGACCGUCUAUCGGCAGAGGACCUCGAUCUCAAAGAUCCCCACGUCUCCUCCAGCCUGGCCCUCUUCGCCAUCCACAACGUCAUCCGCCGCAAUCUCAAGGCCUGCGCAGAACACGCCACUUCAGUGCAACCCGCAACCGCCGAUGCCUUCGUCACCUACGCCAAAUACACCCUCCACGUCCUGCGCGACCAACUCGACUCCGUCAACCAGAUCUGGUUCCCAGUGUUCGCAGAGCACGAUGCCCGCUUCGGAGAGCAAAAGGGCGCACACGACGCCCUGUACGAGAAACUCACCGCGCUGGAGGCGCAUCUACCCGGCGCCGCUGAGCCGGCCCAGCUCGAGCACAUCCUCGACCUCUCUACGGAGAUUGCAGGCGAGUUCCGAGAACUGCACGAGAUGACCGACAAGCAGUACGAUGUCGAAGAGGACCUUGUCAACCAGUUAGGGCGCCGGGUCCCUAUCGCGACGAUUCGGGGUCUGGAGAAGAAGCAGGAGGAACGGCGGAGACGGGACGUCAAGGCGUACGGGCAGCUGUGGACGGCCGUGUAUCUCCUGCGUGGCCUUGAGCCCAAGGAACGGGCAAUUUUCCCGCCGGGUAUUCCGAAGUUGAUUAUGGGUGGGAUGUUGACGGCUGGGGCGAUGCAGUUUCGCAGGGAGCUGCAAUUCACGCCGAGAUUUUGA